AUGGCACAGCUCAGUCGACAAGCUGCCGCCCAGGUGCCUUCGCAAAAUAUUGCCUUCGACCCGGUCACCAUGCGGCCAGUAGAUGCCGAUGAAGUUCGUUGGCUGGCUACCACGACCAUGGAUCCCAAGGUUCCCUGCUCACUUUGUGCCGUGGGCAGCCAGUCUAAGCCCUGUGAAUUCAUGGGCUGGGGUGUUCCUUGUGGGAACUGUCAAAGGGGAAAGAAGGUGAUCGUGUUAGGAUCGCUACUCGCACUUCGGUAG